CGCUUUUUUAGGCCGAAGUUUCGCCGUUUGUUUCAACAGGUUUGACAGAUGCGUGAAGGCCGCCUCAAGAGCAAGCGCCUGGUGACGACGGCCGAGGAGCUGUUCGCUGCUGGCUCCGACCCGGCGCCGUCAGCCGAGUCGCAGAGUGGGCCACGGCUGUUCUGGUGCCCCAAGUGUAUGGAAAUCCAUGAUGCGAACACUCACCACCACCAGCCGCCUGGCGAGGAGGGCUGGGAGUUCCAGCCAGAGGCGGGAUACGAGCGGCCGAUGACCAAGAUCCGCAACUCACUCAGGACCAGGCCAAAGAAGACAAUCGGUGAGGAGCACCACGAGAGAGAGAGAGGGGGGGAGGGGGGGAGGUGGAGUGCAUGUGUGUGUGCAUGAUGGCUCUGUCUGCUCCCUCUGUCUGUCCCUCUGUGUUUGUGUAUGUCUUGGUGCAGAUGUCGACUGGAUCGAUCACAAGAGAGACCUGAGAGGGCUGGAGGACCCUGACGAUAUCGACUACCACAUCCACGGCUACGACAAGCGCAUCAGGAGAAAGAAAAAGAACGCCAAGCAGCAGCAGCGCAAGAAGCCUCCCGCGGUUGUGGAGAGCAACGGCUACGUUCCGGCCGACCUCAAGAAGGCAGAUGCUGGUGCGGCAAAGGCGAGCAGCGACGAGCUGCCGAUGGAAGAAGCGGCGGAUGCGGAGGUGCAGCAAGAAGGUGACAUCCCCCCGGCCAAUACCGACACCAACACGGAAUCGAAGCGGCCUCGACGGACCCCCAAGCCACCCAAGUGGAUGGAGCUGGAUUUCAAGGUCAAGAAGACCACAACCAAGAAGACCACAACCAAGAGGGCGGCCCCCACGCCACGCAAAUUAUCGUCCAUCGGGGAAAAAGACUCAAGGCCGCACUCAUCAAAAAGGCGAACGGUGAGAACUCUACACAAAGAUCCAUCCGUCUAUGGGAUCACAUCACAUCACAUGCUCUCUCUCUCUCUCUCUCUCUCAGCAGCACCAACAGAAGCAGAAGCAGCAGCAGCAGCAGCAGCAAGAGCAGCAGCAGCAGCAAGGCCCCCCCAUGAUGUUCCCCAUGCCUCUCCCGGUGCUGGUGCCAGGGCUGCCUUUGGCGACGGCGCUGCCCGUGGGCAGCUUCCCGGUCACUGGGAUGCCAUCAUAUGCCCAGCACUACUAUGCCCGUCAUCCUGGUGCGGCAGACGAGGGCGGCACGGCCCAGGGACUGGUGCAGCAAGCGGCUCCGGCGCGGGAGGGCACACAGGUGGGGGCGGACACACUGACAGCUGAAGGAUGAUUGGGAGAGAGAAGAGUGCAUGUGUGUCCCUGUGUGAGUGCUUGCAGGAAGGUCCGCAGGCGUCGUCAGCUGAUGCGUCGGGGGGGACCCCGCGGCCGUCAAGCGGCGCGGCAGGAGAGGGAGGUCUGACGGACGAAGAGGUGCUGAUGUUGUGUGCGCCCGCACAAGACGACUAGCCUUUGUGUCAGGUUUUCUGCUGGCUGGCUCAUGGGGUGUGGGAGUGAGCCGUUCGAUCGAUUUCAUGCUGCAUGUACAGAUACAGGUAGCCAACUGGCUGAUGGAUUGAGUGAUUGAUUGAGAUCGAUUGAUUCACCGGGUGAGUGCCCGCCAUAUUCGUUUCUCUCUGGUUUUCUACCUGGCUGGCGCGAGAUGGCUUGUUCAUUUCAUUGGCUGACGUACUUGACGUAGCGGACCGGUUAGCAUGAUGUGGGUCUGCAGCUGACCCACAUCGUGGCUUUUCGUCUCCAUUACGUCAAGAUCAUCAACCAAAGCACAAACGGGGGAACGGAUCGAAUGCACGACACUGCACGACGUGUUGCCAAUGUAAAGGAACAGGUGGCAUUCCGUCACGGGACCAUAAGCCGACUUCCUUGCAAAGAUGAACGAC